UUUGAGCGGAUGUGUGCGUGUUGUUACUGAGCAGUGAUGAUGAUGGUGUAGUGAUAAGGGGGAGCUGUCAUAUCAGCAGCAUAUAGAGUAUCAGCACUAUAAAGUGUUUACAACAGAAAUGGGUUGUUCAAACGUAUCCGGCGCUCGUAAAUCGAGCGCGGUUUUCAACUUAUGAUACGGUUGAAAGGCGCGUGCGAAGAGGAAACAAGCUUCUGAAUCAAGAUGGAGGCGCACAGUUCAGGCCACGGUAGGAAGAGGAAGAGAGAGGAGUUGAAUGGCGAGAUAAAGGAGGCAGAGUGUUACCGGAAACUUCCACGAAGGACUUUGGGCUUGACUGAACCUGCACCCUUCGCUGAUGAGCUGGUGGCUGCAAAAGCCCCAUAUGUUCGUGUUAGCAUGGAAGAAGCCCAUCGUGGCACUCCAGAGGACCGUCCAGUUCGCGUCUAUGCUGACGGGAUCUUUGACAUGUUCCAUUCCGGACACGCUCGUGCUUUGAUGCAGGCCAAGUGCCUUUUCCCCAACACGCAUCUCAUUGUGGGUGUGUGCAGCGAUGAUUUGACGCAUAAAUUUAAGGGUUUCACUGUCAUGAAUGAAGAUGAACGGUAUGACGCAGUGAGUCACUGUCGUUAUGUUGAUGAGGUGGUCCGCAACGCUCCAUGGACACUCACGCCUGAAUUUCUGGCCGAGCACAGAAUAGACUUUGUCGCCCAUGACGACAUCCCUUACAUCUCAGCAGGAAGUGAUGAUGUUUACCAACAUAUAAAGGAAGCAGGUAUGUUCGCACCCACUCAAAGAACAGAGGGCAUCUCCACAUCCGACAUAAUCACACGCAUUGUACGUGACUAUGACGUUUACGUGCGCCGCAAUCUGCAGAGAGGCUACACUGCCAAAGAGCUGAAUGUCAGCUUCAUCAAUGAGAAGAAGUACCACCUGCAGGAGCACGUGGAUAAGGUGAAGCAGAAGGUCCGGGAUGUGGAGGAAAAGAGUAAAGAAUUUGUGCAGAAGGUGGAGGAGAAGGGCAUCGACCUCAUUCAGAAAUGGGAGGAGAAGUCACGCGAGUUCAUCGGCAACUUCCUGCAGAUGUUCGGGCCGGAUGGGGCAUUGAAGCACAUGUUGAAGGAGGGAAAAGGACGGAUGUUACAGGCCAUCAGUCCCAGACAGAGCCCCAGCAGCAGUCCGGUCCGCGAGGAGCGCUCACCGUCCCCCACCUUCCGUCUUCCCUUCUUCACCUCAUCACCAUUCUUUUCUCCUCCUCUCCAUCACAGCGGCGCACACUGCACAAGCAAAGAUGAGGAGGACUAGGACACGUCCCUUCUAGAAACCACGUUUUAUACGCUUUCUUUAAGCCAUUUUGAGUAGCCAAGAAUAUAAAUGAAGGACGGACUAGCUCAAGAUUUAUUUGAAUGCGAAAAAUGUAUUUAAACGCACAAUAGUGAGCAAAUUAUUCCACCCGUACUUUCUAAAGGUCUGCCUCUCGCUUCAGAGAGAUUUGCCACACACCACUAAACCAAAAGGCUCCAUAUUGUUGGCCUUUUCCUUGGACACAUUUUGUAUUCGGCUUGGAACGUGCAUAAUUAUGCAUUUUUAGCCUUCUCUUUUUUUUGUUGUUGUUGUUUCACAACACAGCGUCUGCCUGCACAUAAUCUCAUUCUCGGUUGUGUGUAAAACUCGCCCUCACCUGCCUUCAUUGUCCAGAUCUUUUCAUACUUGAACAAGGGCCAAAUUUGAGGCUAAUUCCAGGAUGGGGGAGGGAUCCCAGGACAGAAACUUAGGGAUCGGUUGUCUUUGUAUAGUUCGCCAAUGUUUCUUCUCAUUUUACUCUGGGUACUGUACAGUUUAUGACUCUAAGUCUGUUUUUACUUUCAGUCAUUCUUUUUGAACAUUCAUUUGUUUUUCUGAGCUUUUUGUUUCAUUAGGUCUUUUUCCUCACAUGAACCCUCUCUCUCUCUCUCUCAGACUCUGAUGUGAAGUAAUAAUUUCAGGGCCUGGCAGUGACGGCGUCUGGCACCUCCAUUUAAACCCUGUGCUAGUCUGUGGCACGGGUCCCAGUCUUUUUGGAAAGGCUUUGCUUACUAAAUGUUUACAUUACCCAAGCCUGCUGAGGGACAGUGUUAACACGAAAGAGUACCAGGACCUGUUUGUUUACAUAGGAUAAGAAGAUGACCAUAGGAUUACGUGUUCGCCAGCAGACCAAAAGACUACUUUUUCUGUCCUGUGGUCAGGAAUGUUAAGAUUUGAUUUGUUUUAGAUGAUCAUUGUUAUUCUAUAGAACUGUGUAAAUAAAUAAUGCCAGUGAAUCACUAAACCA